AUGGCGGAGAUCAGUUUGCUUAAUUAUACCCAUUUUCGUUGCAGGUUUUCUCCUCGACGAUCGCAAAGUCAGGAUUAUGUAAAUACCGAACUUGCCGUGCAGCACUGGUAUCACGGAGCAAUGGAACGACGAGUUGCUGAAGAGAAUUUAAGCGGCAUGCCCAAUGGCACUUUUCUUGUUCGCUUUAUGAAACAUACAAAAGUGGAGCAAGCCCAGGAUGGACGCUAUUAUCUCGAUGAAAGUACAAUGUUUGCAACAGUUGUGGAACUCGUCAAUUACUACCGAGAUCAUAACUUGCGAGAAUCGUUCGAAACAUUAAACACAUGCUUGAAUGAAGCAUUCAUUCCAAAACCUGUUUAUAUUGCAAUACACAAUUUUGAGGCGACCGAAGCAAAUCUACUGUCAUUGGAAGUUGGCCAACGUGUGUAUGUUAUCAACAGGGCUGGUGAAAGUCGAGGAUGGUGGAAAGGUCGAAGUGGAAGUCGAGUAAGUUAG